AAGAGAGAAGAAGAUUUGGAAGCUCCGUGGUAACCAGCCAGCCGGUGAGGGAGGAACUGGCUUCCAGUGGCCAGAAGCGGGCGGACUUGCCCGGGAUUAAGUGGGGAUUGUGAGAGAUUACAGCCCUCUCUCUCUCGUCCCCCAUAGCUUGAUGCAAUCGUAGUGCUCCAUUUAAUCUCUGGGGAGUGUUUUCCCAUCAUAUAUACAAAUAAAACCUGCAGGAGCUGGAGGAUAAAGUUGGCAUCACUAAGAACUCGGACACAGAGGUUUUUAUUCUAGUCCUUGUAAACAGCAGGAGGUUGGAGUCAGAGGUUGGCUGUUCCAUGAAUAUGAGGCAAGCGACGGAAGCUCGGGUGUUGAACCCCCACUAUGACCUCGAUGAGCACGGCCUGCGUCAGAUCCUGGAAGAUGUGACUGAGGAGGUGAGGAGGUCUGUAAAAAAGGACAUUGACGGGGCAGAGAUUCUCCAUAGUCUGCUGAACGCCUCCUGGCUACAGUCACUGCUCAAGAUUUAUGAGUGCCUUCAGUGGUACCUAAGAAAUUCUCCAGUACCGGCUCUUGACUAUGCUUCAGGACUUUCACUUCAGUUGUUGAUUGGCAUUAGAUCAUCACCAGGCUGCUCUGAAGAGGCCAAAGAGCUCUACUGUCUGCUGCAGCAGCCCCACCUACAGGCUUUUCUCUCAGCUCAUGAUAUGGUGGCCCAGAAGGACUAUGAGCCAGUGCUGCCGCCAAUGCCCGAGGACCUGCCUGGUGAUGAGGAGGCCACUCGGAUCAUCUGCCUGGUUAAAAACAAACAACCUCUGGGAGCGACAAUAAAAAGAAAUGAGAUCACCGGGGAGAUCUUUAUUGCUCGGGUGAUUCACGGAGGGCUGGCUGAUAGAAGUGGUCUGCUUCAUCCAGGAGACAGGAUUGUAGAGGUGAAUGGUUUUCCUGUGGGCGGGAUGGAGCCUGAGCAAGUUAUCCAAGUUGUGCAAGCAAGGGCACAAGGCACUGUCACAUUCAAGGUGGUUCCCAUCACAGAAAGGCCAGUCCACAACCACACCAUGCUGUAUGUGCGGGCCAUGGUUGACUACAGCCCUCAGCAUGACCCAGCCAUCCCCUGUGCCGACGCUGGCAUGAGCUUCAGAAAAGGUGAUGUCCUGGAGAUCGUGGACCAGACGGACGUCCUCUGGUGGCAGGCCCAGAGACUGCCACGCACCACAGCCUGCGCGGGCCUCAUCCCCUCCACUAACCUGCUCAAACGAAAGCAGAGGGAGUUCUCGUGGUCUCAGCCUUAUCACCAACACGCCUGCGUACAGACCUUGAGCACUGUAGAAGAAGAGGAAGAUAUGAUGGCCAUUGAUGAGAAAUGUGUUGAAGCAGAUGAGGAGGUAUUUGAAUCUGAAAUGUCAGAGGAGCUCAGAGAAGAGGAGGAUGACUUCAGCACAAAUACUGAAGGGAUCUAUCUAGCGGGCUUCAGGCGCAGCAUGCGUCUAUGCAGGCGACACUCUCACAGCACCACCGAGCCAUCCUGCCACACUCGCUGCUCCAGCAGCUGCUGCAGGGCCCUCAACAGCCCCUAUGAGGAGGUGGUGCUUUACCAGCGCGACCUGCAGGAUGCUCACCGCCCCAUCGCCCUCUCAGGUCCGUCUGGCGUAGGUGUGAAUGACCUUCGGAGGCACUUGAUUGAAAUGAACCCCAGCAUAUUCCAGGGAGCUGUACCUCACACCACAAGAGCCCCAAAAGGAUAUGAGGAGUCUGGAAGAGAAUAUUUCUUCACCAGCCGAGAAAUCUUCAACAACAUGGUUUAUAACAACAGGUUUCUGGAGUACGGGGAGCACAAAGGAAAUCUGUACGGCACCAGCAUUGAGUCUGUGAGGGAAGUUUUAAACAGUGGAAAGAUAUGUGUCAUUGACAUUGAGCCAAACUCUAUUCAGGCAGUGAGGACCCAUGAACUGAGAGCCUAUGUUAUUUACGUGAAGCCUCCGCCUCUGGAGCGCCUCCGGCAGACCAGACAAGACUCGUACAUCACCACCAACUACUACGUCAACCGGACAUUCAAAGAUGAAGACUUCCAGGAGAUGGAAGAAGCAGCCCGGAAGAUUGAGUCCCACUACUGGCAGUUCUUUGAUCACGUAAUUGUCAACGAUGAACUGCAGGACUCAUGUGUCCAGCUGUUGACAGCGGUGAGAAAGGCCCAGGACGAGCCGCAGUGGGUUCCUGCCAGCUGGAUACGAUCCACCACUGAGUCGUAAGACAGGAUGGAAGAGGAGGAGACAAAGGGGCAACACAUUUGGGGAGAAAAAAAAAUCAUCCGAAAAAGCUUUAUAUAUUGAAAUUAGUAUGUUUUAUGUCUAAUGCUGCAAGUUAUAGGGGAAUAAGGCAUGAAAGAAUUCUAAAUAAUGUUGAUCCAGUUGUCUGGCAUGCUUGAUCUGGUUCUUAAGACACUUCAAAUCCCAAAUCCCCAAAGAUAAGAUGUUGAUGGACUCAAACCCAGAGAAAUCCUUGAAACUGUCAUUGAGGCUAUUAUUUUAAAACAAUAAUUGUACCUCUACAACCUGGGGCAUUUGGAACUACAGAAAAACAUGUUAAUUUUCUGCCCUGCUCCCCAUGCAUGACCACAGACCUUCAAUAAAAUGUCAUCUCUUUCCAAUAGACAUACUAGAGAGCAAAGGUUUUGUUAAAUGUUUUGUGUUGUCUGUCAUUUCUUUGUGUUAUAGCUACUAUAGCCUAAAAAGUGUCACUGAAAGCCAAAACUUGUUCAAGCUUUACGAUUAUGAAAAUGCAGUGUUAGGCAAGCUAUCACAAAACAACAUCAAAUUAAUGUGAUGACAACUAUGUUUCUCAAGUUGUGCAUGCAAGACAAUUACAUUUUAUUAUUUGUACAUGUUUGUGACAU